UGCCCUUCCUUCAGUCGGCCGGGCAGCUCGGACCCGAAGCGAAACCGGAGACGCUCAAACGGUGUUCAUUAUUGAAAUGCAGCCUGGGGAAACCGGACGCCGGCGCUGAUCCGAACUCUGGAGGAAACAGACGCAUGUGGAUGAUCCUGUUGGAGAAGUCCAGUUUCUGCAGGCUGCAGCGCGACUGAGGCGGAGCGCAACGCUGCAAACCCGGGGAUCGUCGCUGGGACCGGGACGAGGGAGUCCCAGCUUUUCCCCCUGCAGGAGGAGCGCAUUUUGGGGGGGGAUCCGACAGAGGCACGGAUCGCCGAGAGCAGCCUGCGCAGUUGAGGAAGAACCCGGCGCGGCCUCCUCCUCCUCCUCCUCUCUGCGCAGCGUGAGACUUCACCAAAACUGCGCACCGACUCUGCAGGAUGCGCCGCUGCAGCUGCGCGUUUAAGCUGAAGACGGACACACGCAGGCUCGUGUAGGGCCCAUGCAGGAAUCUAUCUGGGUCUGACCGGCUCCUGAGCACAGCUGCAGCUCCUGAGUGUCAACCAUUCCCAACACCCCCCGACCCCCCCAGGAGAGUCCUGCGCAGUGGCCUCGUAGCCGGCAGCAAAAUGUAAACAGCAGCCGGGCUGGGUUUUAAAACCGCGCACACACGUCCCGAGUCCUCCUCCCGCCUCCUCCUUCUCCUCCUCCUCCCGGCCUGUCCGAGAUGGAGACGGAGAGGGUCGAGCCGGAGCCGGCGCAGGGGGGAGAGGCAGAUCCGCCCAUGCACAGCGUCCACGGAACCAACCGGACCAGACCGUCCUCGUACCGGGCCCUGCGCAGCGCCGUGUCCAGCCUGGCGCGCCUGGAUGACUUCAUCUGCGAGAGGAUCGGCGCCGGCUUCUUCUCCGAAGUGUUUAAGGUGCAGCACCGUGUGACCGGCCAGGUGAUGGCUCUGAAGAUGAACAUCAUGGCCAGUAACAGGGCCAACAUGCUCAGGGAGGUCCAGCUCAUGAACAGACUAUCGCACCCUAACAUACUCAGGUUUAUAGGCGUGUGCGUCCACGAGGGGCAGCUCCACGCUCUCACAGAGUACAUCAACGGCGGUAACCUGGAGCAACUGCUGGGCAGCGAUAUGUACUUGUCCUGGAGCGUGCGGCUCUGCCUGGCUCUGGACAUCGCUCAGGGACUGAAAUACCUGCACAGCAAGGGCAUCUUCCACAGGGACCUCACUUCCAAGAACUGCCUGGUGCGCUGGGAGUGCGGCGUGUGCUCAGCCGUGGUCGGAGACUUUGGCCUGGCGGAAAAAAUUCCAGAUUACAGUGAGGAGGAAGUCCAGGAGCCUCUGGCUGUUGUUGGCUCCCCCUACUGGAUGGCUCCAGAAGUGCUGAGAGGGGAGGUGUAUAAUGAAAAGGUGGAUGUGUUUGCAUAUGGCAUCAUCUUGUGUGAGGUUAUUGCGAGGAUACAGGCUGAUCCCGACAUCCUGCCACGCACUGAGGACUUUGGUCUGGACGUGGAGGCCUUUCAGCAGAUGGUGGGAGACUGUCCCCGUGACCUUCUGGAUUUGGCCAUUUCAUGCUGCAAUAUGAAUGCAAAGCUCCGUCCAUCAUUCUCACAAAUUGUAGCAGAGCUGGAGAGGAAACACGCUGGGAGGAAGCAGAAAGAUGAAUCUCCAAUCAAAACUCCAUCUCCAGCCGUCGGUUCUCUGCGAAGGCAAUCUCUCUGCCUUGUGUCGGAUGCGUCGAUGUCCCGCAGCAAGUCCGACAUGCUGCAUCCUCUAGACACACCCCCAUCUGUUCACUUGGCGCCUCCUGCUCGUGUAAAUCCCUUCUCCCAACGCAAGGACCUCAAAGGCGGGAAAAUCAAGCUUUUUGACACUCCGAGUAAAUCCGUCAUCUCCCUCACCUUCACGCUGCCCCCUCCUCCAGACUGUGAUGAUGCACCUGCAUCCAGAGCCGAUUGCAUCGCCGUGUCCAGGAGGCACCGGCGCUGCCACUCACUGCCAUGUACGCCUCCUCCGCACCUCACGUCGGCACCGAGCAGCACCUUCGCCGAGGAGGAGCUCACAUCCGAGAUGGACAGCUCCAGUGGGGACAUGAACAGGAGGAGCGAGGAAGAAGGUUUACUAGAAGGAGGGGAGUCUCACUCGGCAGGUGAUUCAGGCCUGCCAUUGUCUGUUGAGCCCUUUACACUAAGCCUGCCGGAGGAGGGCGAGGAGCCCAUGGACUGCACCAGCUCCCCUGACAUGCAGGAUAUUGAUUCGUCUCCUUGCGCCAAACAGCCGAUUCCCCCCUCCAGCUCCUCGACCCCUUUCCAACCGUCCACGCCUCCCUUCUCGAACGGCUGGGGGUCGGCCAUCUCCAAAGGGCCUCCGUGCCUGCCUCCCCUUUCCAGUCUGGACAAUCACAAUGUUGCUGUAAGUCGACCACUCGGCUGGAGCUCUGCCACCGACACUCCCACCACCAACAACAACGGCUAUCACUCUCCGCCCAGCGACCCCGCCGGGUCGUCUCCGUUCGGCUCCGGCAGCGGACACUCUCUGGACCAGGAAGAGGUGAUCUCCUGUCCUGGCUGUUGCCUGGCUGGCUUUCGUUUCCCUUCAGUGUGUCUGAGAGCUCCACCCCACAGAAACCCCUACAAGAACUUGAACGGGGACCACGCGGCCUCCCGCGGGCUGCUUUGUCCAGGGCCCAAGGGCCUGCCGCCCUCACCCACCCCCACCACAACCACCAGCAGCCUGGAGCCGGGACUUGCCUUGCCGGGCGCGCAGACAUAAACCCCCACUCCUCAACUCCAAAUGUAUGCAGAACAGGCUCGGAAACCUUUCACCAAAAGCUCUUCCCUGGAAAUUAAGCAGAUCUUCUUAAAAUUUGCACAGAUUUUAUUGCAGCAAUACUCUGCUUAGUUUCCAGAUGCCUUUGUUUCCCCCCUUUUUUAUUUCUUUUUUUUUUCUCCGUUGCACAGGAGGGUGAGUGUUCACAUGGGUUUAUGGAAAUAGUGUCCAGACUUUAGGAACUGGCUGACUUUCUCCAGGGUGGCUGUGGAACAAGGACUUUGAUGGUGACGCCCUCUGCUGGACUGAGGGCGUCACAACCUGCGAUGCCGGUGACGGCUGAUUAGCAGCAUCCACAACUGAUCAGCAUGUAAACACUCCAGGUUGUGGCCCACCGAGUUAGAUCCUGCAUAUUACGUUGUAAAGAUUCUUAUGGCUGAUGAUAAUGAAGCUGAAAAGAGGAAUGUUAAGCUUAGUAUUAAUACUGUUGCGAUGAUUUGUAAUGCUUGGUGCUGCUUCUGAAUGAACAGGCAGUUUUGCUUUAAUGUCUUUAAUUAACAAUAGGGUGUAUGGUACGUUGCUGAGGUGUGAGUAAUUUAGACAUGUGACUGAAGAGUGUGUGUGUGUGUGUGUGUGUGUGUGUGUGUGUGUGUGUGUGUGUGUGUGGAUGUGCGAUACACCUUUCUUAUUACUAUUUUUGUUGCUGUAUGAUCUCUUUUGGCCCUUCUGGUUGCCUGGUUAAGCACUUCAACCGUAUUACUGUUGUUAAUAAGAAAGCUGUUUAUCAUUAUAUUUGGAAAUUAAUUGUCAGAAGGCCUACUUAAGAGCUGUACAGAUUCGUAUUAUUUAAAGAUGGUAUUGAAUAAAAAGACAGAAUGCUA